AUGGCAAUUGAUUGGGUUCAAAUUGAAGCAAAUAGUAGCGUUCUUCACGAUGAGUUUAUAGCUCAUAGGAUGGGCUUGAUUCCUUUAGUAUCGGAUUAUGUUGUAGAUCAAAUGCAAUAUACGAGAGAAUGUCAAUGUACCGAGUUUUGCAAUCAGUGUUCCGUUUCAUUCG